AUGGCUUCACUCUUCCUCUCCACACCCACAACCCCAACCUCUCUUUCCUUCACCUCAUCCUCCAUUUUCAUCUCUUCACACCAAUUCCACACCCACAAAUUCAAGUUUCCCAUUCUACCCCUCAACAACAACAACAACAAUAACACCUCCUUUUCAAUCUCCUGCACUGCUUCUCCCAUUCCCGUCCUCAACUUCUCCGGCGAGAAGGUCGGCGAGUCCUUCCUCGACCUCCGUUCCGCCCCUCCCUCCACCGCUCGCGCUGUGGUCCACCGCGCCGUCAUCACCGACCUCCAGAACAAGCGCCGCGGCACAGCCUCCACGCUCACUCGCGGCGAGGUCCGGGGAGGUGGCCGGAAGCCCUUCCCGCAGAAGAAGACCGGCCGCGCGCGUCGAGGCUCCAACCGGACGCCGCUCCGGCCCGGCGGAGGUGUCAUCUUCGGGCCCAAGCCGCGCGACUGGAGCGUGAAGAUCAAUCGCAAGGAAAAGCGGCUCGCGAUCUCCACUGCAGUGGCCAGUGCCGCCGCGAGCGCCAUCGUGGUGGAGGACUUCGCGGCGGAGUUCGCGGAGAAGCCGAGGACGAGGGAGUUCAUUGCGGCGAUGAAGCGGUGGGGGCUGGACCCGAAGGAGAAGGCGAUGUUCCUGAUGACGGAGGUGCCGGAGAAUGUGAGGCUGUCGAGCAGGAACAUUGGGACGCUGAAGAUGCACACGCCGAGGACGCUGAAUUUGUACGACAUUCUCGACGCGGAAAAGCUCGUGCUCACGCAGGGCGCGGUGGAUUAUUUGAAUCAGAGGUAUGGGGUUGAUUACUUGGGGAGUGAUGAUGAGGAUGAAGAAGAUGAUUAUGAGGAUGAGGAAGAAGGUGCAGUGGGUGGUGAAGGACCUGAUACAGAGGAUAGUGAUGUGGUGAAUUGA